AUGGCCUCGCCAAUCCCCCGUGGCCUCAAGCAGGUGCUCCAGAAGUCGCCCAACGACAUUGUCAUCCUCUCGUCCCUGCGUACCCCCGUCACCCGCGCUAAGAAGGGCGGCUUCAAGGAUGCUUACCCCGAGGAGCUGCUCUCCCACGUCCUCCGCGCCACAUUGAAGGCCAACCCCAACCUUGACCCAACCCUGAUCGACGAUGUCACUAUCGGCUCCGUGCUGCAAGAGCUCGGUGGCGCGAAGGCUGGCCGCAUGGCCCAGAUCCACGCCGGUUUCCCCUACUCGGUUCCCUUCAACACCAUCAACCGCCAGUGCUCGUCCGGUCUGGCCGCUAUCACGGCCGUAUCACACGGCAUCCGCGCCGGCGCCAUCAACGUUGGUGUUGGCGGUGGUAUGGAGUCCAUGACCCGCAACUACGGCUCACGCGCUAUCCCCACUGUCCUCUGGCCCGAGCUGAAGGACUCUUACUCCAAGGACGCCCGCGACUGCAUCAUGCCCAUGGGUAUCACCUCUGAGAAUGUUGCUUCGCGCUACGGCAUCUCUCGUGCUGACCAGGAUGCCUUCGCCGCCGAGUCGCACCACAAGGCGUCCGCCGCCCAGAAGGCCGGACGCUUCGAGAGCGAGAUCGUCCCCGUCACCACCAGGUCUAUCCCGGCUGAGCACCCCGAUGCGGCACCCGAGGAGAUCACCGUCACUCAGGAUGACGGUAUCCGCCACAACAUCUCCGUCGAGAAGAUGGCCUCCCUCAAGCCCGCCUUCUCGGCCGACGGCGCCAGCACUGCCGGUAACUCCUCGCAGGUCAGUGACGGUGCUGCUGCGGCUCUGCUGAUGCGCCGCUCCACCGCCGAGGAGCUCGGUCUUUCCGGCUCCAUCAAGGCCCGCUGGGUCGCUACCGCCGUGGCUGGCUGCGCACCCGACGAGAUGGGCGUCGGCCCUGCCGUUGCCAUCCCCAAGCUGCUCGAAACCGUCGGCCUCAAGGUCCCUGAUGUCGGCGUCUGGGAGAUCAACGAGGCCUUCGCCUCGCAGGCUCUGUACAGCAUCCGCAAGCUGGGCAUUGACCAGGCCAAGGUCAACCCUAACGGUGGUGCUAUCGCCCUCGGUCACCCUCUCGGUGCUACCGGCGCCCGCCAGCUGGCUGAUCUUCUGCCGGAGCUGGAGCGCAGCGGCCAGGACAUUGGUGUUGUCAGCAUGUGCAUUGGCACCGGCAUGGGCAUGGCCGGUAUGUUCGUUCGCGAGUAA